AUGACCAAGGAUGCCUCGCAGGCUCAGGCUCAGGCCCAGUCUCGUCCAGCUAAGAGGGCGAGGACGGAGUCUUCGCACACGCCCAGCCCUGCGUCAACUGCUGCGCCGCCAUCUGCGUCUGCAUCUACACCCACGGUGCAGUAUGGCCUCCGUCAACCAGAACAACAACGACCCUCCACAACACCAGGGUAUCUCGGCUCAACAAGCUUCUCAGCCGUCUUCAGCGAGCACCGCACAGAUAUCUCCUUCGAAGAAGGCACCUGCGCACCCGACGGGGUAUUCUCGAAAUCAACGGACCAUUACCGGUUGGAAUCCGGCCUGGAAGUGAUCCGGUUCCUCUACCGCCACCCAGUCUGCGAAACCCUGAUCCGGAAGUUCUACGCUGGCCACCUGAUGGCUGCUGUCUCGGUUCUCAUCAUCGAAGCAAUCCUCCAGUCUAUACGGCGGAUCUUUGACGAACUCGACCGCGCGAAAGAUACAGAGAAGCACCUCCGCGAUCUCGUCCAGCGGAUCUUCCAGGCAUCGGCGCAUCCGCUGACAUCUCAUGCAUCCAUGACCGUCGACGAGUACUUUGCGUCGUUCACGGAUGCGAAUCUUCGCUGGGAGGUCGUGGGCCUUGUCUUGGCCACCGCAGGGAUCGCCAUGAUGUCGACUGCCGACAGCGACCCCGAUGUUCAAAAAGCCGCGCCCGAACCCCAGGGCGCGGAGAUGCUGCGCACGCAGCUCGUCGAAGCGAGCAGGACCUGUCUUUUGUUCUGCGCGACUGCGGCAUCGGUGAACGAACUGCUGGGGUUCUACCAGUAUAACGACAUGCUGCUGAGGACGCAGUACUACGGGGACACAAGCUACGCCGCCUGGCGCAAACUCGGCAACCUCACAGCAACAAUCUACGCCGCAGGUCUGCACCAAGAAAACACACGCGGCGCAAACUGCCCGCCCUUCCUGCACCAAUGGCGCAAGAUAAGUUUUGCGGCUGCCUUCUACGCCGAUAAAUCGCUGUCCACGUUCGUCGGGAGACCGCCCUUCAUCAACUACCGCUACUGCUCGAUUUCCGCGCCGCUGGAUAUCAGGGAUGAAGACCUGAUUGCGGGCGGCGAGCAGCUGAGUCAGGCGAUGGCGAAUAUUAAUGGGGACGGGUGGAAUAUGAAGGGGAAUACGCUGCGGGGAAGUAUGUUGCGGCUGAGGUUUCAUGUUGCGGUGCUCAGGGAGCAGGCGCUUGAGAUAGCGUUGGGGACGUUUGACGAUGAGGCGAUCUUGAGGAAGUAUAAUGAGUUGAUCCAAGCAGCGCAGAAUCUAUGGCAAUCUUGUCCCGUAUAUCUACGACACGAUCAAUACGUCCAUAAUGAAGGGAAUCCCGAGCCACCGAAUAUCACGUUCGCGCGCCGCCAUAUAUACCUCGACUACCUCUAUACCGUCUUCCUGGUCCAGCGGAUGGUCGCCAAGCGUACGAAUACAGGCCACGAAGCCCUCUUCAACACCUCCCGAGAAGUCCUCGCCAUAAUCCUUGAAGUCACGGGCGAACGACAUCCGGGGGUUGAUGUCCUCUACUACGGCCUCCCCAGCGCCAGCACGCUCGCCUUCGAACUCCUCCGGCAAACGCAAGAACCGGGUCCCCAUCCCGUAAUGCCGCCCCGACCCGAAACAAUCCGCAACCUGAGCGUGUUCGUUUCGUGCCUUUCUUGGGUCGCGACGCCGGGUCAAGGCAAUUAUCGCACGUGCAAGGCAGUUGAGAAGAAGCUGUCCGAUAUCCUCGACCAGAUACUGGACCCCAAGCCGGACCCGCAGCCUGUACAGGGCUUUCUGGAUGGCAAUGCUGGCGGCGGCUAUCCGGAUCAUGAUGCGGCGGGGCUGUACAGUCUGCUGAAUUGGUAUAACCCGGAUAGCAUCGAGUUCGAUCCAUUCGAGUUCCCGGUGAAGGAUGGAUUCUUGCUUUAG